CUAAGCCCCUCUUUCUUCCCUCCCACUCCCAAGCAAAGAAUCCAAAUCUUCUCCCUCUCUCUCUCUUUCCCCGCCUCCACCCUUCAUUCUUCCUCUGAUCUCUCCGCCAACAACAAGAUGGACAGACUCCGAAUCCUUGCUUCGAAUUCGGCGGGAACAUUGCUCGCUUUGGACGAACUCUGGCCGGAAAGCGCCGGCGGCGGCUGGGCGACGGUGGUGGUGAUGCUCCUCGUGUCGUGGAAGCUCCUGCGGCUCUUCUUCUACUGCCGCCGUCCCGUGGCGAUCUCCGGAGCGUAUUUUAGAGGAAGUUCUUCCGCAAGGGUAUCCAACCUCAUCACCGAUGCUGAUCUGAGAGACUUGAUGAUUAGUUUGGAGGGGAAACCCAAACGGAACGAGAGAUGGGAAGAUCUGAUUGAUAAAACCAGUAAUCUUGUGUCCUAUAAAGCAAAGUUCUUCCGUCCAAAAGAUGGCCCAUUGAAGUUCUACAGUGUUACAACAUUCGAGAAAUGUUCUGCAGAGCUAUUAAGAGAUUUCUACAUGGACAAUCAGUACAGAAGAAAGUGGGACAACAUUGUGAUUCACCACGAGCAGCUGCAGGUAGAUGAAAAUAGUGGGACAGAAAUUGGACGUUGUAUUAAAAAGUUCCCUCUCCUGACACCAAAAGAAUAUAUAUUGGCAUGGCGCGUGUGGGAAGGAAAAGACAAAACCUUUUAUUGCUUUACCAAGGAUUGUGAGCAUCCUAUGCCUGUAAGGCAAAAUAAAUAUGUUCGUGUUGGUUUUUUAAGAUCAGGUUGGCGCAUAAGAAAAGUUCCCUGUAGGGAUGCAUGUGAGAUGACAUUGGUUCAUCAGGAAGAUGCCGGCAUCAAUAUUGAGAUGGUAAAACUGGGAUUUGCCAAGGGAGUAUGGAGCUAUGUGUCUAAGAUGAACAAUGCACUGCGUGAAUAUUCCUCCUGCAGUCCAAUUCACUUGACACCAGUCUCUACUCUUCAUCGACUUAUCAAAAAGAUCCCACCGGAGUUGGAGGCAAAUGCUGAGACAAGCGAGGAAGAAGUUCCAAAGAGAUCAAGCAGUGUCUCCAGCAGACGCAGUAGAGCGAACAUAUCACAGAAGAAGCCAUCGAGGUCUCCCAAGAGGUGGAUUCUAACAAAUGGGCUUCUGCUUCUCGGUGGCAUCAUUUGCCUCUCGCGAGGCCGCCGCUCCACCACCAUCGGCACUCAGCUGGCCGUGCCAUGCAUUCUUAAGAAGCUUAUGAAGCAUGGAACAGAAUCAAGCUAA